UACGCUUUGAAAGCAUUUAUCUAUUAGCAAGCAAUUAGCUUGCCUCUUUAGUUCAGUCCAGUCCAUCAACAUGUUUGCUUCAAUCUUCCUGAUUUGGAUCUGCUUUGUCUUCCUCGUCCUUCUACUCAAAGCCAGGAGGCCCAAGAACUUUCCCCCAGGACCCCCUAUCCUGCCUAUACUAGGGAACAUUUUGCACCUGAGGCUAGAAAACCCCCUUAAGGACUUUGAGAGGCUGAGGAAGUCUUAUGGAAAUGUCUACAGUCUGUUCCUCGGUACCAGACCAGCUGUAAUCAUCAAUGGGAUGAAGGCCAUUAAGGAAGCUUUGGUGACCAAGGGCACUGAUUUUGCUGGACGACCCCAAGAUGUGUUUAUCAAUGACGCCGUCCAAAGGAAAGGAUUUAUUUUGUCCGAUUAUGGCUCUUUUUGGAGGGGCCAUCGUCGCUUUGCUCUGGCAACCUUGAGGAACUUUGGUCUCGGGAAACAGUCCAUGGAGGAGAGGAUUCUGACAGAGAUUCAAUACACCAGUUAUAUACUGGAAAAGAGCAUUGGCAAUACCUUGAAUCCUCAAGUUCUGUUUCAUAAUGCGGCCUCCAACAUCAUCUGCCAGGUUCUGUUUGGUACACGCUACAAGUAUGAUGAUGAGUUCAUCAAAGUUAUUGUUCAAUGCUUUACUGAGAUUACCAAGAUAACCAAUGGACCAUGGGCUAUGCUGUAUGACUCUUUUCCCAUUAUUCAUGGUCUGCCGCUGCCCUUCACUAAGGCCUUAAAGAAUGUUGAGACUUGUAGGAAUCUUCUGAUUGGUUUGCUGAACGAGCACAAGAAGACCAGAGUCCAUGGAGAACCACGUGACUUUGUUGACUGCUAUCUGGAUGAACUGAAUAAGAGAGGCGAUGAUGGUUCUAACUUUUCAGAAGAGCGACUGAUUAUGUACACUCUAGAUCUUCACUUAGCUGGGACAGACACCACCUCCAACACCCUGCUUACUGGUUUCCUCUACCUUAUGAACUACCCACACAUACAAGAGCGUUGUCAGCAGGAGAUUGACAAGGUGUUGGAAGGGAAGGAUCAGGCCAGUUUUGAUGACAGACACAACAUGCCUUACAUGCAGGCUGUGAUCCAUGAAGUGCAGAGGAUAGCCAACACUGUUCCACUCAGCGUCCCUCACUGUACUACUAAAGACACAGAGCUCAUGGGAUAUUCCAUUCCCAGGGGCACACUGAUCAUCCCUAACCUGAGCUCAGUGCUGAUUGAGGAGGGACAAUGGAAAUCCCCCAAUGAAUUCAACCCUGAAAACUUCCUCAAUGACCAGGGAGAGUUUGUUAAACCAGAGGCCUUCGUGCCUUUCUCUGCAGGUCCUCGUAUGUGUCUCGGAGAGGGUCUGGCUCGUAUGGAGCUCUUCCUCAUCAUGGUGACCCUGCUGAGGAAGUUUAAGUUCAUCUGGCCUGAGGAUGCAGGAGAGCCAGACUACACCCCAGUCUAUGGGAUCACGCUGACUCCCAAACCUUAUCGCAUGGAGAUCCAACUCAGGGCAACACAGUGAGACUGUCUGCAGACACACGGACUGGAAUUUGCUCUUUCCCUAUCAGCUGCCCUAUUCACAGCAGUCCCUAUCUAAAUGCUAGCUAUGACAGCUAACAACACACAUAGUGAAUUAUGCCAGGCGUCAUGGCUACAUCAUAUCUGUUUACACAGGUUACAGGCUAAAAUGUGCUUUUAAUGUACUGUGUGUUCCAUUAAGUAGAUUUACUAGAUACUUAUGAAUCAAGACUGUCCUCCCAGGAAGAACGACAGAUUCAGUUGAUUCAGCAAGUACCCUAAAACAACGUGUUUACAAGUGACAAAGCCCUCUAUUGACUGUAGAAAUGAUUAUAAGAGCAAAGGUCUGGUGAUGUUUUAGUGCCUAGUGUUAAGUCUGCAUAGCAGAGGUCUGGGGUUGGUGGGGUCUAGGAUGGGUCAACAAAACAUGCCUAAUUAAACUUUAACCAUAGAAUUGUGACUUCAUAAAACAAAUUGAUUUUCCAACAGUGAUUUGUAACAUUUUUUAAAGGAACAGACAAAUUAUGUUGUCAUGCUGAUGGUAGCGUCAAAUCAGAAAACACUGAUGAGUAGUUUCAGUAGGGCUUGGA